UAGACCAGGAAGUAUAAACACCUGACAGGUAGAUAACACAGGUAUGUCACGUGAUCUGUGUACAUUAAGACUGCACUUGGAAAUUGAUCAAGGACGGCCACCAUUACUGAAGUCAGAAACAAGAUCUAAUGAUGGACCCCCGUACCAGUGCCCAGGACGUGAUGCGAUGUGACCUGUGUAAGACCACUGUGGUACAGAUGCACUGUGAUACAUGUCUUGUCAACCUGUGUAAGGCCUGUGUGGGAGAACACAUCUCAACAGAUGAAUCCAAGGACCACAAAGUCGUCAAAUUUCAGUCCAGAAAAUCCACUCCCCUCUACCCUGGAUGUAAAUCUCAUGAAAAACAACAAUGUAUCAUGUUCUGUAAACAAUGUGACAUUCCUGUCUGUGCCAGCUGCAUUGAAUCAAAUGAACAUUUACAUCAUGAAUUAUCUAAAAUCUUGCGAGUUCUGGAUAAAAAGAAAGAAAGAAUUACAAAAGAAAGAAAUGAAUUAAAUGACACAAUUUAUCCAACCUACCAAGACAUUGCCUCUGAUGUACAAAACAGAAUGAGUCAGUUAGAAAAGGAAUAUGGAGAUCUCUCAACAGCCAUAACAAAACAUGGAGAGGACUGGCACAGAGAAAUUGACAAACUUGUCCAGAAACUUAAAGCUGAAGUUGAUGAGAUGAAAAUCACACAAUUACAAACUCUACAGAAACAUCUGGAUGAAAUAAACAAGACAAUGUCUGACAUCAAGGGAGAAAUUGAUUCAAUUGACAUGGCUACAGACACCAAUGACUUGUCAAAACUGUUUAGUGUCACAUCCAGUGUACAUAUAUAUAGAAAUCUUCCACACCAAAUAAUGCCAUCUUUACCCAAAUUCAUGCCAAAAAAAAUAUACAAAGAAGAACUUUUCAAACUUUUUGGAGUCUUAUCAUCAAGUUCUUUAACUUCAGAUAAACAUGGCUACAAGAUGAAGACAACACAGAAAUCAACAGAAGCUGGAUCCUUUCCUCCAGUCAAACAGCUGCUUGAUGAACCAGAGACUGUCACCACCAUACACACUGGGUAUAGAAGCCUUUACUAUGUGGCCUGUCUGAGUGAUGAAGAAAUCUGGACAGGUGGAAAUGACAGCACCAUGAAACUCUACAGCAUCAAUCAGGGAUCACUACUCAAGUCAAUCACAACCAAGUCAGGGAACACACCAUCUGACAUAGCAGUGACAAAAAGCGGAGAUCUAGUUUAUGCUGAUUAUGAUGAUAGAACUGUGAACAUUGUGAAGAAUGAGAAGAUAGAGCAGGUGAUCAAACUACAGAACUGGAGACCCAAAGGUGUCUGUAGUACCUCCUCUGGUGACCUCCUGGUUAUCUUGCACAGUGAUGAUGAAACACAAACAAAAGUUGUCCGUUACUCUGGCUCCACAGAGAAACAAACCAUUCAGUUUGAUGAUAAAGGUAUACCUCUUUAUCAAUCUGGUAGUUACACAACAGAGAACAGGAACCUGGAUAUCUGUGUGUCUGAUGGUGGAGCUAAAGCAGUAGUGGUGGUCAAUCACGCUGGGAAACUGAGAUUCAGGUACACUGGACAUACUCCUGCUCCAAAGAACAAACCAUUCUAUCCACCAGGAAUUACCACAGACAGUCAGAGUCACAUCCUUACAGCUGAUUAUAACAACAACUGUGUCCACAUCAUAAACCAGGAUGGACAGUUCCUUCGUUACAUAGAAUGUGGACUGAUUUAUCCCUAUGGACUGUGUACAGAUACAAAUGACAAUCUGUUUGUUGCUCAAAAUGGAAACAAAAAAGUACAGAAAGUCAAAUACCUGCAGUGAGAUGUAUAAUUGUGCCGUUUUUUUUUUAUAUAAGUUAUAACUAAAACAUUAUAAAAUAUGAGUGAUGUAAGAAAGAUAGACUUAUAAAUGAUUUAAAAUGAAGGUUUCUGUCAUGGGAAAAAUAAGCAGUAUAUUGAGAGUGACAUCCUAAUCAUAAACAAUGAACACAUGGCAUAAUUAAAUAAUGGUGUGAACCCAAAAUAUGUGUCCA